AUGCAAGCGCCACCCGUCCAUCGUUUCGUACGCAUCUGCUUCCAGAACCGGAUUUCACGUGGCGCGGUGGUAGCAAUAACAACACCACUACCACCACGAACAUCGCACGGCUAUGCGACCUCUUCCAGUAUUAUUGUGCAAACAUGUGCCUUCCCUUAUCGUAACACAACGACGACGAUGAUCACAUCGACCGCACGUUUGUUCAGGGCAAAUGUACGAUCCGGGGCUGUCGCUGCUCGUCAGCUGAGCACAAGCAGUUUAUCAUCAACAUCGUCCACUGCUGGUCUGCUACCGGAGACGAACAGACCGAAACACUGGAAGCAUUGUGGCGGCUCCGGACAGCAUUAUUUUGAUCAAUCGCAACGCCGCACGAUGAGUUCCAGCGCCGCCGCAAAGCAAGGGUUGGUGGCCGUCGACGAAGCGCGCCGCUUCAUGGUGGACUGUUUGGUGCGGGCAAAAACACCGCUGGCCCACGCCAAACAGCAAGCCGAUCUGCUGGUGGAGGCGGACUACCGAGGACACUUUAGCCACGGUAUGAACCGGCUCGAGAUGUACAUUAAUGAUCUGCACAAGAACGCUUGCAGCGGUGAGGCGGUACCGACCGUGCUGAACGAAACGCCUGCCACCGCUUGGGUGGACGGGAACAACGGGCUCGGUGCGGUGGUCGGUAACUUCUGCAUGGAUUUGGCCAUCCGGAAGGCGAAGGAGGUUGGUGUGGGAUGGGUUUGUGCGAAGCGUUCGAACCAUUACGGUAUUGCCGGUUGGUAUACGCUGCGUGCCAUGAACGCAGGAUGUAUCGGAAUGUCGAUGACAAACACGUCACCGCUGGCUAGUCCGACCCGUAGCAAGGAGGCCGCCCUUGGUACGAACCCAAUUUCGGUCGGUGCACCGGGUAAGGAUGGGGAUGGGUUUGUGCUCGACAUGGCUACGACGGCGGUUGCCGUUGGAAAGAUCGAAAUGCAACGGCGCAAGAAUGAACCGAUUCCGGUUGGCUGGGCCCAAGGUCCGGAUGGACAUCCGACAACGGACGCUUGCGUUGCGUUUGAUACGGCUUGCCUGAUGCCGCUCGGUGGUACCGAACUAACGUCCGGUUACAAGGGCUACGGGCUCGGUGCGAUGGUGGAAGUGUUUUGUGGCAUUUUGUCCGGUGCAAACUAUGCUACCAAGAUACGCAAGUGGACGCACGCCGGUGCCGAUUCUGAAGCCGAUCUGGGUCAGUGCUUUGUUGCGAUCAAUCCGGCCUGCUUUGCACCGGGAUUCGAGGGACGGUUGUCCGAUCUGAAUAGCAUCCUACGCAAUAUGCCAAUGACCGAUCCGAACCAUCCCGUACUGGUGGCGGGUGAUCCGGAGCGAAUUCACAUGGCAAAGGUGGAUCAGGACGGUGGACUUCCGUAUCAUGUUAACCAGAUUAAAACCUGCACGGAGCUGUCGGAACGGUUGGGUGUGAAACCGAUUGAAGUGAUAUAAG